GCUCUAAAGCCCAACCACACCAACCUCACUCCACUUUUCACACAAAAACAACACAAAUCUUCAGAAUCAUCGAUUCUUCUCAAAUGGGUUUCUCCAAAUUCCCUUUCUUUCUCAUCCAAUUCCUAUAAAAAUCUAAUCUUCACUUCAAUUUCAUCAUACCCACCAAGAAUGACACUCAAAAUCGGUUCAAUAUCUUGUGUUUCCACAUCUUUAUCUUCUUCAUUCCACCCCACAAAAACCCCACAGGUCAGCUUACCACCAAGAUUACAUGACUGUAGACAGCUGAAAAUCGGAGUUAAUACAAGAUGUUCCCUACACCGAAGAUGGAACACAAACCAAAGGCUCUCAAACCGACGAUUUAUAUUCUCCGCAUCUAUUAACGAGUCAAUCUCCGACAGUGAGAUGGAACCAGAUUUUAAUACAGACCAAGAAGAUGAAAUUGAUGAUGAUAUUCUAAUCGAAGAUGACGUGGCAUCUAAAAAAAUUGAACCUGCUGAAGUUAGUAGAGGAAGGCCCGGUUUUAUAUCGUUUUAUAAUCAAAGUUACAAAAAAGAACCUGAAAUUAUUGUAUCUACAAUCACCACUACCAACCAAACCAAUCUUUUAUGGUUUGUGGGUCCCGGUGUUCUUGUAGCCUCGUUCAUUUUCCCAUCGCUUUACAUGCGAAAAAUCCUCUCCGCUGUUUUUGAGGACUCGUUAUUGACAGAUUUCCUCAUAUUAUUCUUCACCGAAGCACUUUUCUACUGUGGGGUAGGCAUGUUCCUUUUCAUAGUAGACCACUUGCGUGGGCCCGUUAAUGCGAAAAAUAGCCCGAUCCCUUCACCUCAACUGGUGUACCGAAUCACAUCCGUGGCUGCGUUGGUUCUUAGUCUUAUGAUUCCUAUGGUCACAAUGGGCCUCGUUUGGCCAUGGACCGGCCCAGCAGCUUCCGCUACACUUGCACCGUAUCUUGUCGGCAUUGUUGUGCAGUUUGCGUUUGAGCAGUAUGCAAGAUACAUCAAGUCGCCUUCUUGGCCUCUCAUUCCCGUCAUCUUUCAGGUGUAUAGAUUGCACCAACUAAACCGAGCGGCACAACUUGUGACCGCACUUUCGUUCACAGUUAGAGGGGCGGAAUCGACACCACAUAAUUUGGCCAUAAAUACUUCAUUGGGUAUGCUUUUGAAUGUUCUUCAAGGUCUUGGGGUCAUUUGUAUUUGGUCUCUUUCUAGUUUUCUUAUGCGGUUUUUACCAUCCGCUACAAUAACCGAACAAUGACCCUCGUCUGUAUUCGUAGCAGUUUUAUAUCGUGCGGGACAUCUUAUUAUUAUAAGUUUUCAGAAACUGCUAAGUUUCAAAAUACCCAUUUGUUGUAGGUAUGAAAGAAGCUGUUUGUUAGUGAUUAGUUGCUUUCUUGAAACAAAGUUGGAAUUUUUAUACUUAUUUUUUUUUCCUUUUUUAAGUUU